AUUAAAAAUAGCUUAAAAACUAAUUGCCUGUCUAAACAAUUAAACUUGGUUUUUAAAGGUUCUAGCUACCUUUUCAUUGCGCACAAAAUGUCUCCAUCAGCUGGUAAAACUAAGGAGUUGGACUCAAAAUACGAUGAAGUUGUCGUGAAAUUCGUGUCUGAUGUAAGAAGUGGGAAACUGCAAGGUUCAUACAACACUGCCGUGUCGACGGUGAACCUGUUGGAACAGCUUAUUGGAGAUUGUCAAAAUGCUACAGCUUUCGAGCUGUGUGGCGCUGUACGGGCGGUCGGUAACAGGAUGUGCCGCGCCCUGCCCCAGGAGCUGGUGGCGGCCAACAUGGUCCGCCGCGUGCUCAGGGCCAUCCGGGACGAGCACAGCUCCCACGCUAAUCAGACUGGAGAUAGCUUGGGGGAGAGUCUGCAGCGGUUGGUGCUGGCUGCGCCUGCGCGGCGCGCCACGCUAGGGGAGAGGGCUGACCUCCGCGGGCCUCUGAGGGACCACAUCGCAGAGCUGCGCGCCGAACUGGAGUCGAGCAAAUCGUCCAUAUGCUCGCAAGCUCGCGAGCAUGUUCACGCGGACGAGCUACUGCUCACGUACGGUGCGAGCGGACUCGUCGAGAAGUUUCUGAGGAACGCGGCGCAGAGGAGGUACCGGCUGAUAUUGGCCGAGGGCAGCGAUGUGGCUCAGUCUCACGCGAUGGCGUCGCGUUUGGCGUCAUCCGGCGUCGCCGUGACCGUGGUGGAUAACGCAUCAGUCUGCGCGGUCAUGCCCAGAGUAAAUAAGGUAUUAGUGUCCGUUCGCACCGUGCUGCCGGGCGGCGCGGCGCUGGGCGCGGCCGGGCUGCACGCGCUCACCGCCGCGGCGCGCUACUACAGUGUGCCCGUUGUGGUGUUAGCGCCGCUGUACAAAUUAUCGCCGCUCCACCAGCACCAUUGCAACUGGCUAUCGACCCCGCACACCGCGGUCCCUUACGGGGCUCUGGCCGUGUCAGAAGCACACGUGGUGGCGCCAUUGUACGACUUCGUACCGCCAGACCAUAUCACGCUGUUUGUCACUAACCUCGGCGGAAGUUCCCCGUCAUACAUAUACAGGCUGUUGUCGGAAUUGUACGAUUCCAACGAUCACCAGCUGUAGACGGCAUGUAUAAUGUCAUCAAAUGUCAUGAACAUACUGACUGGACUGUGUAGCGCAUGUAAAUUAAAAUUUUCAGUUUUUUUUUCAUUAUUAUAGGAAGAGUACCACUCCAUCUCUUUCUCAUAGGUGUCGUUAAAGGCGACUAAGGGAUAGGCUUACAAACUUGAGAUUCUUUUUUUAGGCGAUAGGCUAGCAACCUGUCGCUAUUUGAAUCUCAAUUCUAUAAUUAAGCCAAAUAGCUGAACGUGGCCUAUCAGUCUUUUUAACACUGUUGGCUCUGUCUAACCCGCAAGGGAUAUAGACGUGAUUAUAUGUACUUCAUAUCGCGUAACAAUUGUCAUAUCUUUUGGUUUCACAACAUUGGUUGACGUCAAAUGAAUUACUUAAAACUAAGUUUACUGCCGCUUCCGAAGCGUCAGUGCAGAAGAAGAAUAAAAAAAAUUAAACAAAAAUCAUUUCAUGCAUCAGCUCGUCGAUUUCGGGUACUCUUGACCUGAAAAUGCCAAUUUAUUAGACUUUCCUUUGACUGACUUUUGAAAUCUGCACGUCUAUAGCGAGGCAGCCGGGGAACACUGUUUUUUCUGCAAGAAAUGUAACAUACAUCUUAUUCCGCCAUAUUUGUCAAAUGUAAAUAUUUACUAAGUGUGUAAUAAAUAUGAUUUUUGUAUAAUAAUCUUUUUCUUUAUUUCAUGCUUCCUUUUACAUACAUCAAACAUGUAAUCAUGUCUAUCCCUUGCGGGAUAGAC